AUGGCGAAAGCUCGUGAGCCCGUCUCCUCCGGAAUCUCUUCUGGCGAGGAGGAAACCGAAAAUUCUUCGUCUGAGGAAAUCGGAUCUGAGCCUUCCCCACCGCCGGCCGCCGCGACGAAACCCCAACCCAAAACCCCUUCCGCCAUAAUACCCGCCCAGGAUUCUGAAUCCGAAUCCGACAGGAAAGCGAGAAAAAAAUCCAAGUCGAAGAAGUCGAGGGCCAGAUCUACCAGAAAGAGGGCCGUCGAGGAGGUUAAAGGGACGGAGCCCACUGUCACCAAGAAGUCAAAGAACAGCAAGAAAGCCCGUGAGCCCGUCGAGGAAACCGACGAUUCCUCGUCUGAGGACAUCGGAUCUGAGCCCGAACAGAUCCGGAAGACUUCCCCACCGCCGGCCGCCGCCUCCGCUUCAGCGGCCAGAUCUAGAAGGAAGAGGGCCGUCGAGGAGGAUAAGGGGACGGAGCCCGCUGUCACCAAGAAGUCGAAGAAGAGUAAGAAGGCUGAACCCGAGAAGAAACAACCGUUCCAGAGGAUAUGGAGUGAGGCGGACGAAAUCACUAUCCUGAACGGAAUUCUCCAGUUCAGGGCCCAGAAGAAAUCCGACCUGAAUGAAAAUUUUGACGCUUUUUUUGAGUUUAUCAAGAAGAAUUUGCAAAUUGAGGCGACGAGGUCCCAGCUGAGGGAUAAGAUUUCUAGGAUGAAAAAGAAGUAUACGAAUAACAAGAGAAAGGAGCAUGAUGGUAAAGGAAGAACCUUUACGAGCCAGCAUGAGCGGGAAGCCUACGAUCUGUCGGAGAAAGUGUGGGGGGCUGAGAAAGAAAACGGCAAUGGAAGUGGGUCCGAGAAAGAAAACCCCAAUGGAAGUGGGGCCGAGAAAGAACACGGCAUUGGAAGUGGGUCCGAGAAAGAAAACCCCAAUGGAAGUGGGGCCGAGAAAGAAAAUGCGGCUGGUGAGAAAGAAAACAUGGUCGAAAAAGGCAAUGGAAGUGGUAGUGAGAGGAGGUUUGUGUGGAUGAGUGAAAGCUUGUUGAGGGGUUCAGGGGAUGUUCCAGCUGUUGAGGACAAGGAGGGGGAAAUGGGAAAUAAGGAGGACGAUGAGGCAUUGGAGAAUCUGGAGAUUGAAGAGAUGAAGGUGUACCUGAGGCUUUUUGAGUUGAAGGCUGAAAAGGCAAAGCUUUUUGUGCAGACGAUGAUCAAGUCCCGGGGCCAUUGA